ACAGGAUGACCCGUAAUCGAACUUCAACUUCGAUGGAAUUUCCAAAAUCAGAACAAGUAAUCGAUUUAUUCAAAUGAUUUAUAAAUUUGGUCGAAAAUAUAUAAAGUCUCCAAAAAAGAAAGUGAAUUGCGUUGUCUGUGGACAAUUGGACCUUCCUUUCAUCAUUUGAAUAAAUAAAUACACACCUAGAACACGCUCGCAUUUUUCGUUUUGCUUACCACUUUUUCCUGUUGGGUUUUGUGGUUUCUCCACCGACGCACAGUUUUCGUUAGAUACUUCUACUUCUAACUCAAUAACAGAGAAACAGACAGCGAUCGGUGGAUCUGACGGUGGUGCCGGAGAAUAUGUCGUCCGGCAGAUACAUGGCAUACACACCAUCUCCUUCUGCCCCUCACUCUCCUCACAUCGGCGCUGCUGGCCUUCGCUCUGCCUCAUCUGCUGCCGCCGCUCUCCUCGAGCAAGAGAAGUAUCUUACCGAAUUGCUGGCAGAAUGUAACAAACUCAGUCCAUUUGUUUCUGUGCUCUCACAUUGUAACCGGUUGCUGAAACAGGAAAUAUUGCGUGUAACCACACUGUUGGGGAAUGCGUCAGUAUUAGAACAAAGUGGGCUUGUUGAACAUGCAAGCCCCCUGGCAUCAGGAGGAAUGUAUUCGAAUGGAGGAGCUAAUGUGAACAGAUGGCCAUCACCUUUUCAAUCUGAAAUGUCAGGAUUGGUGAAACCCUCCUCUGCACCAAACUGGCUUGGCUCCCAAGGUAGCUCAUCAGGUCUUAUUGUCAAGCAAACAAUGAGAGUUGAUGUUCCCGUGGAUCAAUAUCCUAAUUACAAUUUUGUUGGACGCCUCCUUGGUCCUAGAGGAAACUCUCUUAAGCGAGUGGAAGCAACUACAGAGUGUCGUGUUUUGAUCAGAGGGCGAGGCAGCAUCAAAGAUCCAGCUAGAGAAGAGAUGAUGAGAGGGAAACCGGGUUAUGAGCACCUGAAUGAACCUCUUCACAUACUUGUUGAAGCUGAAUUGCCAGUUGAGGUAAUUGAUGCUCGGCUAAUGCAGGCUCGUGAGAUACUAGAGGAUUUGCUAAAGCCAAUGCAGGAUGAAUCUCAAGAUUUCUAUAAGAAGCAGCAGCUGCGGGAACUUGCAAUGAUCAAUGGUACACUUCGUGAAGAUGGCUCUCAAAUGUCCAGUUCUGUGUCCCCCUUCCACAACAGCCUCGGGAUGAAGAGAGCAAAAACUCGGGGGUAGUCGAGCUUAUGUAUUUUUCUCUGCUGCUAAACAGCACUUCCUAUGCCGCAUAUGUUGCAGUGCCAGCAAACUGCCAUCGGGGCACCAGCACUUUUAAGUGUCAGUUCUAACUUGUCUCUAUGUGAUAUCAGGUGUGUUUAUGUUUGGCUUGGGAAGAUAUAGUAAAUGUAUUUCGAACUAAUGGGCCCUUCGGGGCUGGGGGGUGUGUGUGCGUAUGUUGCUGAAGGCAGUUUGGUUAGAACAUUCUCUAUCCAACGAUUUAUUUUAUUUUAUUGCAUUUGUUGUAAGUUUGUAUCGAGAGUUUUGGUGAUAUGGGCAAGUCUAAGAAUGUGAUUUUUAUGCCAAAGUGAUCCACCCUACUGCUCUUAAGAUGGGUUGGCGUGUUUUGUACCAAUUGUAGAUUUGCAACUAAAAGGAUUUUUAAAGCAUUCUGUUUCUGCGUGAUCGUAUUAUAA